AAAGAAGACAGGAUGCCUUGACAAAAAAAAAAAAAAAAAAAAAGACAGGAUGCCAUGUGGCAUGAAUCUUCUGGACGGAUUGGUACUUCCGCAUGGUUUCUGGAAGGCGCGCCAAGAAGAAAUCAUGCGGCAUCUACAAAUCUUGACCGUCCAUCUGACGGCUUCUCUGAAAGACGACUGAAACUAGAAGCUUCAUUAGAGAUCAUCGGCCAAUUCUAUAAAUUGAAUUGCAAACUAAUGUAACGAUUUAGACUACCAACACUACUUUCUUCAGGUUUUCUCUUGAUCGAUCAGUGUGUUUUUCCUAGUAGCAGAUAAGCGAGAUUGAAAAAAUGGUGAAGAGUUACCCGGAAGUGACGGAAGAUUACAAGAAAGCUAUUCAGAGAUGUAAGAGGAAGCUACGUGGUCUCAUCGCUGAGAAGCACUGUGCUCCCAUCGUCCUCCGUCUUGCAUGGCACUCGGCUGGGACAUUUGACGUGAAGACGAAGACGGGAGGGCCGUAUGGGACGAUAAGGCAUCCGCAAGAGCUAGCCCAUGAUGCUAACAAUGGUCUUGAUAUUGCUGUCAGGCUUCUUGACCCCAUCAAAGAGCUCUUCCCCAUCUUGUCCUACGCUGAUUUCUACCAGCUAGCUGGAGUUGUUGCUGUUGAGAUCACUGGAGGACCCGAGAUUCCAUUUCAUCCUGGUAGACUGGACAAAGUUGAGCCACCUCCUGAAGGUCGUCUACCUCAGGCCACCAAAGGAGUGGAUCACCUGAGAGAUGUAUUUGGUCGGAUGGGACUCAAUGACAAAGAUAUUGUGGCAUUGUCCGGUGGACACACUUUGGGCCGGUGCCACAAGGAACGCUCGGGAUUCGAGGGACCAUGGACACAAAACCCUCUCAUUUUCGACAACUCAUAUUUCAAAGAGAUAUUAAGCGGAGAGAAAGAAGGACUUCUGCAGCUGCCAACCGACAAGGCUCUUCUCCAGGAUCCUCUCUUUCGUCCCCUGGUUGAGAGAUAUGCUGCAGAUGAGGAUGCCUUUUUCGAAGACUAUACUGAAGCUCAUCUGAAGUUGUCAGAACUCGGGUUUGCUGAGAAUGAAAAGGAGUAAUCUGGAAUCUGGUGGUGUCAUGUCCUAUCCCGUGCUAAUUCUUGUUCCCUCAUAUAUAUGUCAUUCAUUGUAUUCUCACAUACAACUACAUAACAGUACAAAAUGAAUAAAAAAAAGACUCUUGUAUUUGCACGUAUGCCUUGGAAUGUCUGUAAUGUUUUGAUGAAAUAA